AUGGGACCACCACCAACGUAUUCGGGAAUAUUUAGAGAGCAGAGAUCGCUCUACACCGAAUCAAGCAUCCCACUACCACCAAGACUCUCCAACGACACGGUCACCUCAUUCGUAGCACCAAUACCUCCGCCUAGUUAUGCCCAAGCCCAAGGUCUCUGCGUGUCUCCAAAUGAUAUGAAAGUCCUGGUUCCAGCGAACAGGGGUGCCUGGCCGCCGAGGCCCACCGCAACCAUUUGCCCAAGAUGUGCGACAGUCGUUGUCACCGCAAUCGAAGCUCGACGAUCGGCCAUCACCCAUAUCUCGGCAUUGGUACUUUUUCUAUGCGGAUGCUGGCCGUGUUGUUUGAUCCCGUACUGCAUCGAUUCCUGCAAGAGUACGCAUCACCAUUGCCCGAUUUGUCGAACUUACCUGGGAACUUACACGCCUUGGUGAUGCGGAAGAGGAGAGCCAACGACAUGGACUCCUCAUUUGGUGGAAAAAAUAAACCUGAACGUUGAAAGUGGGAGCAGGAAAUUGAAUAAAAUUUAUCUGAUCACA